CGACUACCCCUCGCUGUGAGGUCAUCUAUUACUGCUAAUUUCUAUCUCUCCCCUCCCUCCUCCUUUCUACCUCUCUUCCCUAUCCUGGUCUCUCGCUCCCUCCCUCCCACUUCCCUCUCGUCCCCGCUGCGGAACCUCCCCGCCCACUCCAUCACCAUGCCCAUGCUCAAAGACCCCUCCAAGAAAUAUAAGCGCUUCCAGCCCCUCCACCUGCCCGACCGCCAAUGGCCUAAUAAGACCAUCGACAACCCCCCUCGGUGGCUGGCCACCGAUCUGAGAGAUGGUAACCAGAGUCUGCCUGACCCCAUGGACGGGGAGCAAAAGCUCCGCUUCUUCAAGAUGCUGCGCGACAUAGGCUACAAGGAAAUCGAGGUCUCGUUUCCCUCGGCCUCGCAAGUGGACUUCGACUUCACCCGUAGCCUCGUCGAGACCCCCGGCCUGGUCCCCGAUGAUGUCUGGCUCCAGGUGCUGUCCCCCUGCAGAGAAGACCUCAUCCGUCGCACGGUCGACUCCCUGAAGGGCGCCAAGAAGGCCAUCCUGCACAUCUACCUGGCCACCAGCCCCUGCUUCCGUCGCAUCGUGUUCAACAUGGACAAGGAGAAGAGUCUGGAGAUGGCGGUGCGCUGCACCAAGUACGCGCGCUCCAUCACCAAGGACGACCCCGAGAUGGCCGGCACCGAGUGGCACUUCGAGUUCUCCCCCGAGACCUUCUCCGACACCGAGCCCGAGUUCGCCGCACAGGUGUGUGAGGCCGUCAAGGCCGCCUGGGAGCCCACCGAGAAGGACCCCAUCAUCUUCAACCUGCCCGCCACCGUCGAGAUGUCCACCCCCAACGUCUUCGCCGACCAGGUCGAGUACUUCUGCCGCCACGUCACCGAGCGCGAGAAGUACAUCGUCUCCGUGCACCCGCACAACGACCGUGGCUGCGCCGUCGCCGCCGCCGAGCUCGCCCAGAUGGCCGGUGCCCAGCGAGUCGAGGGAACCCUGUUCGGAAACGGUGAGAGAACGGGCAACGUGGAUCUGGUCACCCUGGCCCUGAACCUGUACACGCAAGGAAUCUCCCCCAAGGUCGACUUCUCCGACAUCAACGCCGUCAUCAAGGUCGUCGAGGAGAGCAACAAGAUCCCCGUCAACGAGAGAUGGCCCUACGGCGGCCAGCUGGUGGUCUGCGCGUUCAGCGGCAGUCACCAGGACGCCAUCAAGAAGGGCUUCAAGCUCCGCGAGGAGGCCGGUGUCGAGUCCGAAGACCUCCAGUGGCAGAUCCCCUACCUCCCCCUGGACCCCGAGGACAUCGGGCGGAACUACGAGGCCGUCAUCCGGGUCAACUCCCAGAGCGGCAAGGGCGGCGCCGCCUGGAUCAUCCUGCGCAGUCUGGAGCUGGAUCUCCCGCGCACCCUGCAGGUCGAGUUCAGCAAGAUCGUGCAGCGUCGGACGGAGGAAGUCAGCCGGGAGCUGCGCCCCACCGAGAUCGUGGGUCUCUUCGAGGAAGCUUACCACCUCAAGACCAACCCCCGCUUCACCCUGAUCGACUACAACAUCACCACCGACCGCUCGACGUCGCCCGCGCCCCCCCAGCCCGGCAAGGCCCUCAACACCCAGAACCUCAAGCGUCGCUUCACCGGUGUCAUCGAGAUCGACGGCGUCCAGCACGCCAUCACCGGCGUCGGCGCCGGUGCCAUCUCGUCCCUGGCCCACGCCCUGUCCUCCCUGGGUAUUGACCUCGAUGUCGUCGACUACAAGGAGCACUCCAUCGGUCUGGGUCGUGACGUCAAGGCCGCCACCUACAUCCAGUGCACUGCCGCCGGCAGCAAGGAGCAGGUGUGGGGUGUGGGUAUCCACCAGGAUGUGGUCCAAGCCAGUUUGAUCGCUCUGCUGAGCGCCGCCAGCUCUUUCCUCACCAGCCGCGCCGGCUCCCCCGCCCCCUUCCGCCCCAUUCGCUCCAACACCCUCACCGACGAAGACCUCCAGGCCCUGGAAAUGCUCACCGGUCCUCCCAAGCCUAAGGUCGACAUCGACGGCUUGACCCAGCAGGCUGAGAGCCAGUAAACCACUCCCCAACCACCUCAUUUAACCAACUGUCAACCGUAACGUACAACCGAAAGGGAAACGAUACGGCACGGCACAGCACGGCAUAUAACUUGAAUCUUUUCUACUUUUUUUUUUCUGUUUUUUUUUUCGGUCUAUCUACGAUAUCAUCUUGCAUUUUCGCUUUUUUUUAUUAUUUUUGUGGUACAUUUGUGGUACAUCAUUGAUUGGGGUUUGGGAAAAGUAUACAUUGCUUUUGGGGGUACAAAUUGGGGGUAGAGAGAGACAGAGAAAGAGAGAAUCGGUCUCCGAGAAGGUGAAGGUGAAGGUGAAUGGACAAGAAAGACGGGUAGGGUAACGGGUAACGGGUACUAAAAUUUGGCAUUUCGAGCAAAAGCAAGGAAGGAACGAUCGAAAGGAAAGGAAAGGGAAGGAAAUUGAUUGAUUGUACAGAUUAGGAAUGAC